GCGGUGCGGGCCGGGGCAGGCCGGGCCCGGGCAGCUGCUGGCAGCGCCUGCCCGCCGCGCCGCUUAUAGCGCUACGCAGCGGGGCUGCGAUGCCAGUCCGGGUCACGGAGUGACCGCCCCGUCCCAAAGCACUGGUUAGAGCCCAGGUGACAACUCCUAGGCUGUAGUUACUCACAACCAAUGUAUAACAAACAAGCUAGCAUCAACUCUAUGCAGAAGACAUCAGACCAAGAAAUGCGAGGAACAAAAGAGGCCCUCAUUCAGGACUUGGAAAAGAAACUCCGAUGCAAAGACAACCUCCUCCAGAAUGGCAACCAGCGAUUAACUUAUGAAGAAAGAAUGGCUCGUAGACUGCUGGGACCAGUAAAUGCUGCAUCUGUGCUGGAAACACAAAGUGAAGACAACAUGCAGAACACACAGCACCAGAAUGCAGAAAACAUCAGGCUGCAGGUUCCUACAACACACGUAAGGAGCAGGCCGUCCUCAAGAGGAGAUGAACAUGGACAUGACUCAAUCCAGGAAAAGUUUUUUCAGCCACGUUUUACACAAGUGCCUGAAGACGUGAUUAUUGAAGAGGGGAGAUUCUGCAGGCUCGACUUUAAAGUUAGUGGGCUGCCAACUCCAGACGUGAUGUGGUAUCAGAAUGGAAGGAUGGUUCAUCAAGAUCAGUUCCACAAAAUGAUAGUGUCAGAAAAGGGAUUCCACUCAUUUAUUUUUGAAGCAGUCAAAUCAUCAGAUGCAGGGACAUAUGAAUGUGUGGCUGUCAACCGUGCAGGAGAAGCAUCUUUCGCAGUAAAAGUGGAAGUAAUUGCAAAAGAACAUCACACACCUCCAACUUUCAUCUUCAAGCCACAAAGCAAAAAGGUUUUUGAAGGAGAUACAGCCAGACUCGAAUGCCAGAUCUCUGCUAUCCCAACACCCCGGAUUUACUGGAAAAGAAACAACGAAAUGGUACAAUAUAAUACAGAUCGAAUAAGCUUGUUACAUGACAAUACUGGAAGGAUUUGCCUCCUGAUUCAUAAUGCAAACAAGAAAGAUGCUGGCUGGUACACUGUAUCUGCUGUCAAUGGAGCAGGUGUGGCCACGUGCCAUGCCAGGCUGGAGGUUGCAACACAUGCAAACAAGCCAAUUCCAGCCCCAAAGCAGUUACGGGUUCGACCAACUUUUAGCAAGUAUUUGGCACUCAAUGGAAGAGGACUGGAUGUGAAACAAGCUUUCUCACCAGAAGGAGAGUUUCAGCGUUUGGCUGAGCAGUCUGGACUGUAUGAAAGUGAUGAACUUUAACUGGAAAUGAAGAGGAAAACUCACACCUGUAAGAGACAAUUACAGCAUAGAUGCAGUUAACUGGUGAUUGCUCUAAUUAGCAAAAUACCCAUCUACAUAUUUUUACUUUGACUCUUGCACAUUCAGCUGUUCCCAUUUUACUAUGUUAGGUUUUAUUUAUAUGGUUUGGUGACUAUAACCAUUUACUGAGUAUUGUAUUUUAACUAUAAAGCCGAAGAAAGCAGGCUAAUUAGUUCUCACAAGUGUGGGUGGUUUUGGUUUCACCUGUGCUUGGUUACAUGCUAAAGUAGAUUGGUUUGUACUGCUUCUCUAAUAUCGCUCUUGAUAGUAUCAGAAGUCUGUACUGUCUGAAUACUAAAACCAAAUAGACUAGAGUGUUUUUAUGAAAAUAAAUUUAAGGUAAAUAAAAUUUUAAAUAACCAACA